GCAACAGGUAGCAGCAGACAGCUCCCGCCUCUCGCACAUCUCCAGCUAGGAUCCCAGCAACUGUGUUCCACGCACUUCGUCCAGAGAAGGUGGGAUAUAAUCUCAGUCGACAGUCUCAGGUAGCGACGGCCGCACUUCCUCGUAGCUGCGUUCUGAGGAAUGGAUGCAACAACAGCUCGGCGCCUGGUGUAGCUCCGCUCUUCCUCAGCGACCCGAGACCUGGCAGUCCGGCCCACAAUGGCGUGUCUGCAGCACUGCUGCUGCGGCUGUUCCCUCAAGACGGGCGUCGUCGUCGUUUCCGUGCUCUUCUUGCUCAUGAGCGCAGCUGUGGUGGUGGUGACAGCCAACCUGAUCCACCAGGAGUCCAGACCGCCACCGGCUGUCAGAGGAGGCCGGCUGCCACCAGAUGUGGAGCUCAUCGAUGCGGAGCUGACCGACGUCAUCUCCAGGGUGCUCGAUGAGCCAAACCCGGCCAGCUCGGUCAGCACCCCAGCCGUGGCCUUCCUCGCUAUUGGUGUCAUCCAGGGCGUGUGUGCCAUCUUCCUUUUGGUCGGAGCGCUCACGGAGUGCGUGUGCCUGAUGAUCCCGUGGAUCGUGGUGGACGCCAUCGUGCUGGCGGCGACGCUCGUGGCCGCCGUCGUGGCCGACCUCAUGGUGUUCGCCCUCUUCGGGUCCGCCUUCGGCAUCGUGGCGGCCUUCGCCAUCGCCGUCUACCUGGUGGCCAAUAUCUACGCGCUGAUGGUGGUGGGCAGCUUCGACUACCAGCUGCGACAUGCCGGCACCAGCUCGCCCGUCCCAGCACACUGCAGCGCCCUCUGACCUAGCCACGCUUGCCAGCCAGCAUCUUCUGUCUGGUCCACACCUGUCUACUUGUGUUUCAUUAAGCUG